AAGUAGAUUCGACCCACUCCGAAGCCCAAACAGUGACCCGGGGCAAGCUCUAUCAAUGGAAGUCACCAUGACCAUGGCGACAAGCUCUUCUGCUCAAACUCUCACUACAAAUUAUCUAAACACCACCAUAUUUCUUCUCUAUAUGACAAACCCAUAUAUAUAAUGCAUAUUUAAAAAAAUGGUGACUCAUACUUUAACUAGGCGUCUUAACCAAACAGCUCAAAUGAUCAACAGUUGUACUGAUUAUGGGACACUUUUUAGUGUUCUUCAAGAAUGCAGACUCUCUCCUAACUCGAUAAAUACUAACAGAACACAUUCUAGCAUCAUAAAACUUGGGUAUGGAAAUUACCCGUCGCUCGUUUCGUUACUCGUGUCCGCUUAUAUAUCUUGUGAUGAACCUAUUCUUGCAAAGAGAUUGUUUAGUGAAGUACAUUGUUUGGAUUUUGGUCUUGUUGACUCCAAUUUGAUGAUUGCGAGAUUUAUGAAGAUGGGGGAGGCUGAUGUUGCUAAGAAGGUAUUUGAGAAAAUGCACACCCGAGAUUUGGUGUCGUGGAAUUCAAUUAUUGGAGGUUGUGUUAAAAAUGCGCGUUAUGAGGAGGGAUUUAGUUAUUUUCGGAAAAUGUUGCGGUCGGAAUAUGAGCCUGAUGGAUUUACAUUUGCAUCUAUUAUAACUGGGUGUGCACGAACUGGAGCUCUUGGUCAUGCUAAGUGGAUUCAUAGCCUGAUGAUUGAGAGAAAAAUUGAACUCAAUUACAUUUUAUCUUCUGCACUGAUAGAUAUGUAUUCAAAAUGUGGACGAAUUGAGGAAGCCAAGGCAAUCUUUGACUCUGUUCAGAAAGAAGAUGUUUCUGUUUGGAAUUCUAUGAUUAAUGGAUUUGCAGUUCAUGGGCUUGCUUCUGAUGCAAUUGCGAUAUUUACAAUGAUGGAAGAGAAAAAUAUUCCACCAGAUGCUAUCACAUUUAUAGGAAUUUUGACAGCAUGUAGUCACUCAGGUUUGGUGGAGCAAGGUCGCAAAUUUUUUGAUCUGAUGGAAACCCAUUACUUGGUCCAUCCACAAAUAGAGCAUUAUGGAGCAAUGGUUGAUCUUUUGGGCCGAGCUGGUCUUCUCGAAGAAGCUUUUGAUCUAAUCAAGAGGAUGCUGGUGGAACCUGAUGUUGUCAUAUGGAGGGCAUUCCUUAGUGCUUGCAGAACGUACAGAAAUUCUGAUAUGGCUGAAGUUGCGGUAGAAAAGAUAUCGCGUCUUGAGAGUGGAGAUUAUGUCUUGCUAUCUAACACCUAUAGCUCAUUGAGACAAUGGGAUAGUGCGGCAAGAGUGAGAGAUGGGAUGAAACAGAAGGGGGUUCACAAAGGUAGUGGAAAGAGUUGGGUCGAAACUGGCGGAUUAAUUCACCACUUCAAGUCCGGAGAUCAUUCACACCCUGAGACUGUAGAAAUAUACAAGGUUCUGGAAAAAUUGAUUUCUCGAACCAGAAUGGAGGGAUUUAUGUCUAGCACAGAGCUUGUUUUAAUGGAUAUUUCUGAAGAGGAGAAGGAGCAAAAUCUCAAUUAUCAUAGUGAGAAGUUAGCAGUAGCCUAUGCUAUACUUAAAUCAAGUCCAAGAACUGAGAUUCAAGUUUCAAAGAAUCUUCGGACUUGUAUUGAUUGCCACUAUUGGAUGAAGAUUGUAUCUCGAAUAUUAAAUAGGGUCAUAAUUGUGAGGGACCGGAUCCGCUUUCACAGGUUUGAAGGUGGUUUAUGUACUUGCGGAGAUUUUUGGUAGUCAUUAUUAAAAGCCUACCUGGUAGAGCUGGAGAUAACUUGUAAGUUUUUCAUGUUGCUACAUGAAGGAUGUGAUGCCGAUACCAUGCUUUGUGAAAGAAAUGGGAUGCCCUGUUGCAAAAUUCUAAUAUACUUCUCAGCUUAAGUUGAACAUUGCAAGGUGUCUACAUAAGAGGUCCCAGAUUUUCAAGUGGUGUCAUUAAUGUUUUUCAUGAUGAGAAGUAUCAGACUAAAAGAGAUGAUCAGACCUGCAAUAUGGAGAGGGCACCAAGCAUUCCUCGAAUAUCACAAUUUGAGUACCCCCAUCCUUUAAGAUCUGCAAUGACGACGAAUUUUUCCUCCCCUGUAGGCAUUCUGGUAUGCCAAGGUUUGACUUGACUAGUAGUAUCCGUGUGAUACAAAUUUGGUGGUGGAUGCAUAAAGAAGAGAAGAUCUAGCUCAAGUAAAAGAGAAGGAAAGAGGUCUAAUGCAGAGUAAAUAAUUAAAGAUAGCCAGCCUUCUGGCUUGAAGAAAAUAUUUCAAAUUUGAAUAGUCAAAAAGGGCCAACGUUGUCAGGGUCUCAGAGGGACUUGGAAUGGAGAAUUUUAUAAUAGCACAUUAGCACUAAUAUGCAUGUACUACUAAAAAAAUUUAAAGCUCAUGUUACAAGUGAUAUAUAUGUUUGAAUUAUAUUAGUCAACUACUUGAACUUGCUGUUCGUUAGUUGCUAUAGCUACAAAAAGUCAGAUAUUUCAUCUAGAAGAUUUCCGGAUAAAGCCACAAAUAGAUCAUCGUGAUGGCGACUCAUGUGUCCCUCCAGUGGACAAAUAAUUCUCUCAAAGAUCUUGAGAUUUUAUGGUAUCAUAUAUUAUUUUACUUAAUA